AUGUCGAUUUUUGGAAGACGGAACAAUUGGGCUAAUGGGUACUUCAUUCAUGCCGCUCGUAUCCGAGAUGGACUGGAAAGUCUUGUCCAGCGUCAACUUGAACGAUGUGACCGUCUUGAUGGUCUACUGGCCACCAUGAGUCUUGCUGGUGGCACCGGAUCCGGUGUCGGGACCAGUCUCUUGCUUCAGCUUCCCGAUCUUUUGCCUAAAACACCCACUUUGGCUCAACUCGUAUGGCCGUACUGGCGUGGUGAAGUUUCGGUACAGGCUUACAACGCCAUCUUGACCCUCGGCCAUUUGUUGUCUUCGGCCACCAUCGGCAGUUUGGAUGGUGUCAUAAUGCAGCACAAUGACGUGUUGCACAAUAUUUGCACAAACCGACUGCGUGCCACCAAACCAAACUGUCCCAUCGGCCUGGACCAACUCAAUGCCCUGGCUGCACAUCAAUUAGCUGGACUCUUACAACCGUUCAGCCGCAACUCUGUCACUGGUGUCACCACAUGUCCACGACGCUUAUCCACACUGCUUGUCCAACUCGGUGGGCAUCCGGAUUACCGUCUUCUGCAACUCAGAUGCCUGCCUUAUUUCGGCCCGGAAUGUCGGGCGUUCUCCACCGAAACUUGGGCUCAGUUAGCUCGCCACGGCCGACAGAUGUUGUUGACAGGCUCGUCUUCAGACGACAGGUUAAAUUGGUCCUCUGACUCCAGUGGGUUGGAAGCGGUGAAUCGUUUCAGACAAACCCGCUUGCCUAUUUUGGGAUGCAUGGCUGUUCUCAGAGGUCAGGAUGCGGAUGAACACAUACGGCAACCUGAAGCUUUUGUCCACGAUUUGACCAAGAACUUGAUCCGCUCUACUCCACCGUCGUCACUGUCCCUAUGCCUCCCCAUGCACUCCACUUUUUUGGGGUCCCAUACGCGUUCAUUUUUGGGCUACCCCCGCAGUCUGUUUAUUGCAUCCAACGGAGGCGGAGCUCGACCGACAAUCUCGCCUGAUGAACCCAACAGUCCAGCCCCAAAAGAAGGCAUCCCCGCAAGCCUCAGUCACGUUAGUGGCCGUGCUUGGGAAAUGUUCGCUUCCAAGGCUUUCCUCCAUCAGUAUGAACGGUUUGGUUUGACGAACGAUAUUUUCCUCGAUUGUUUUGCCACAGUAGAGCAGAUUGCUCACUGCUAUUCUACUCUGGCCUGGGAGUAACCGGCACUUUUAC